GAAGAAAAGCGAAAGGGGAAAAGAGGGAGAAGACUGUGUCAGAGGGGGAGGUGAGGGGAGACCACAGUUUCCAUCUUUUUUCUUUGGGUUUGUUCCACCGUACCAUCUUUUUUCCUGUGUUUUGAAUUACCGUUCGGGGAGGUUUGGUAUCUUUUUGGUCCAAUCCAAGCGUGUUUUUGUUUUUCCUUGUUGCUGCUGCGUUUGUUUUGGUUCGAUUAGUUUGCGGAUCGAUUUUGCUGCAUAUGUUGGGUGAUCGGUGAUGUGAGAGGAUGUGCGAGGGUUCCUUGUUCUGAUUCAUGUGUUUGGAAGAACAGGUAUUGUAUGGGAUGAAUUCAAAAAGGAUGGAUAAUGAUGCUGAACUAGAUGAACAUAAAUUCUUCGACACUCGUGAUGAGAUCUCUUCAGCAUCUGAUUUGAGUUCAGAUUGCUUAGAAGUUUGUACGAGUUCUCAGCUAGGGAAUUGUGCUCUUGAAUAUGAAUUUUGGACUAAGAAACCAGAGAGUGUAUGCCAAAGACGUGAUAGAUUUUUUAGAUGGAUGGGUUUGAUGUCGGAUUGGCAGAGUAAUAGUGUGGAUGAUGAUGAGGGUUCAUCUCAUGAAGACACGGGAAGAGAUACUGUCAGAUCAAGGGAUAAUGAAGAGGCUAUGCUUCUGAAUUUAGAUUCAAAAUUGCAAUGUUUUUCAAGCCGUUCUUUGCAAUCUUUCAAAUCAUGUGAUUCCAUGCAUUCGCCCGAUGAUGGCCCUGUAGAGGGGAGCCUCACUGUGAAUCUCACAAAAUUUGAUGCUGGAACUGAAUAUCUCGUCGAUAAGCCAGAUUAUGAUGGCACUGUUACAACAUUCUGGGAACUUGGGACAGAUAAAAUGCUUUCAUUUGAUAAGUUACAGAAAGCAUUUGGCUCUUCGUCCCUCGUGCAGCACUUAUUGAAGAAAGACUGUAAGAUUUUCAACAUACUUGAUCCCAUGAAGAAAGAAAAGCAAAAUUGGCUCCAGGGAUUUAGGUUGAUGGCCAAUAUUGUGAAUAGGACGAAGGAAUUCCUUGGUAAGCCCGAGAACAUUCUGAAAACACAGACGAGUUCUGGAAAAGUUCAUGUUAGUGUACAUAAAAAAAGCUUGAAAGAAUUAUCCUAUCUUUACACGGGACAAGAGUUUCCAGCACAUGAGGGUUCCAUCUUGACUAUGAAGUUCAGUCCCGAGGGCCAAUACCUGGCUACUGCUGGGGUAGAUGGUGUAGUGCGUGUCUGGAACGUCCUUGAAGAUGACAUUGUAAACAAACUCAACACUCACAAUAUCAACCCUUCUUGUAUAUACUUCUCGCUGAACCAUUCUUCCAAGCUGGCUCCACCUCAUGUUGCCAUAGAGAGGGAGAACUAUAAAAAAAGUUCGAAGAAUUCAUCAUCAGAUUCAGCUUGUGUCAUUCUUCCUCCAAAGGUCUUUAAGUUGUCGGAGAAACCUGUUCAUGAGUUCCAUGGCCAUCAGGGCGAGGUGUUGGCUCUCUCAUGGUCUAGAAAUGGGCAUUUAAUUUCAUCGUCGGUUGAUAAGACAGCUCGGUUGUGGAAAGUUGGGCACGACCACUCCCUUGGAGUUUACCCACAUAAUAACUACGUAACUUGCGUGGACUUCAACCCUGCGGAUGAUAACAAUUUUAUUACGGGUUCAAUUGAUGGGAAAUUACGCAUAUGGAGAGUUGAUAGUGGCCGCGUUGUUGAUUGGAUUGACAUCAGGGAAAUUGUGACGGCUGUGUGUUAUUCUCCUAAUGGAAAGGAAGGAAUUGUUGGCUCCGUGGAUGGAACUUGCCAUUUUUUUGACGUCAUAGAUAAUCAACUGCAGUUGGGUGCUCAAGUUUUCCUGGAGGGAAAGAAAAAAUCACCCGGCAAGAAAAUAACUGCAUUUCAGUAUUGCCCCGGCGAUGAAAGAAGAGUAAUGGUCACUUCUGCAGAUUCUCAAGUUCGAAUACUUUGCGGGACUGAUGUUGUCUGCAAAUUCAGAGGCAAUCGAAGCUCUGUAACAACCCAAGCGCCCGCUUCUUUUACAUCAGACGGAGAACACAUAGUUCUUGCGACCGAGGAUUCCAACGUCCGUGUCUGGACCUACCCCAGCCCCGACCUGAUAAGUUCCCACCAGAAGAAGAAGAAGAAGAACAUAUGGUCAUGUGAGAGAUUCUUGUCGCGCCAUGCUUCCAUAGCCAUUCCCUGGUGUGGCUUGAAAAGCAAGCUCGGAGCUUUACCGGGGAGUAUUUUGGGCAACGGGCAUCUUGAGGAACGGUUGCCUCUCAAGUUCCCUGCAUCUUUUCCCGAUUAUUUCACAGCAAGCCUCGGCUAUUUUCUCGAUGCUUUACACAAAGGAUCCUCAACAUGGCCGGAGGAGAAACUGCCCAAAUCCAUCCCCGCCCCGGCUAAGCCUCCGCUGUACAAAUCCGAGUUUAAGUUUCUGAAAAAUGCGUGGCUCAGCGCAUUGAACUCUCCGCAUUCGUGGGGCCUCGUCAUCGUGACUGCUGGAUGGGACGGAUGCAUUAGAACAUUUCUCAACCACGGUUUGCCUAUACGGUUCUGAAAACAGACAGCAUAAUAUAUACCCCCACUCGACUCUAUGAGGGAUAAAGAUCAGAUCAUACACAGCAGCAGCAAGUGGUAAGCUUAAGGUAAAUGACAUUUUGUAUUCGAAGAAAUUCUUUUUUAUACUUCACACGCGUCGAUGUAUACUCAAAAUCUGUAUGAUGUGCUUAGACAGACAAUCUGUUGUAGUGUUCGUAUACACAAUACACCGAGCAUCGUUGUUACAAAUGAAUGCCGGAUAUACAAUGUUUCGUCUUUGGUUUAUUACUAAAGAAAUUUUCUUAGCAGUGGCUUGUGUUCUAUGGUGCGCGCUCGAUGCGACGCCAGCCCCGCCAGGUGGGGAAGUAAGUUCGGGUAAAUUUUUGAGAAAAGUUUGUACCGAUCCUAUGUUUCAUGUGUUAAAUGAGAAAAACAAUAUUGAGCUGAUUAA